UUUCAGGAUGAAAAGGAAGACGCCUUUUUGCAAUUACGAUCUGAUCUGAAGAUUCUCUUAAUCAAUCUUGGUCAGCUUGAUCAAGACCUGUUUUUUGAAUUCCUCAAGAGCGUGGUCGAAAAUGCACUGAACAACUGGCGGCAUUUGCCAUUUCAAGAAGUGGAAUCAGCCAUAUCGAUGUUGUAUCAUGUCGGAGAAAUCGUGAAGUUGAACGCUGUUAAAACUGGACCAGCAAAUGACAAGAUAUUCGCUAUGCUGCAGCUGCUAGUAAAGAGUGAUGUCAGUCAGCAUAGCCACACUGCUGUGGUUUUAGCGUACUUUGAAACGGUGUCUCGCUACGAAAGGCUGUUGGCAGUCGACCGUGAGCUGGUCUUGAGCGUAGUGACAUCGUUUCUGGACCAACGUGGCUUGCACCAUCCGAAUCCGAAGGUAGUCUGCCGAACAGUUUACUUGUUUUCGCGAUUCGUGCGUAGCCAAAAGUUGUCUCUCAGCCAAUACGCGCAGUUCAUUUUGACUGGUUUGCAAGAUUUGUUAGACGGUUCGCGUAGCUUGACUCCGCUACUUCGUCCAGAGCAACAAGUGUUUCUGUACGAAUCGAUCGGGGUCUUGAUCAUUUCGGGCAACUUCCAGAAUCAGGAAAAACAUCAGUACUUGCAACAAGUACUGACUAAUCUCAUUGAACGUUUCAACGGCGUUUUGUCAAUGCUGAACACGGGUGCUGGCUCGGCAAAGGAACGAACGCUUGUUGUCGAUUACCUGAACAGCGUCAUGAUCAAUUGCAGCCGGCUAACCAAAGGCUUCACUGGCCAGAUAACUGCCCAAAGCUGCGAAUGCCAGGACCUCUUCGUCGCUGCCUUAAACGUGUUCACCGACGCGAUGACCCUAACCAGGUGCGAGCUCUUUAACGGCUAUAAGCAGUAUCUGCAUCGCAUGGUCAUCUGUCUGGAAGGCGAUUUCCUGCCGUGUUUGCCGAAGUGCGUGCAAUGUUUGGUAGCGGCUACCGUCGACUUCAGGUCGGCUGAAGACUUGAUCACAUUUUUGCUGCAGGUCAUCAUCAGGUACAAGGAGAAAGCCUGUCCGUCAUUGGAGCUGGUGUUCUCGACGGUUUUUACUUCGAUCUGGAAAAUACUCAGCAUUCCCGUCGAGGAAAACAACCAGGUAUCCUUGAGGGAAUUGUCUGACCUGCGGCGUUCCUACUAUCAGCUGUUGUGCGCACUUUUUUCUGCAAAGUUAUCUGGUCUUUUGAAUUGUCAGGCACCGUCUGUGAUAGAACCGCUCCUGGACAGCAUUGCUGACGGCUUCCGGUCUCCGGAUAUUACCGUGAAGAAAGCCGUUACCAACGCUACCAGGUUGUUGAUCAACAUUACGAAAGAUUUUGGACCUCCUGGAAAAGAAUAUUUUGAAAGUUUCCUGAUGAGCAGAGCAAUUCCACUUUGUUUUUCCCUUCCAUGUGAAGACGGGUUCGACUUUAUGGACGCCCAAUCUCUUCAGAUUCUGAACGAAAUUGGACUCAUUAUGAAGGACAUUUUUGUUUUCAGAGGAGAAGAAUUGUAUUCUUUUCUGUAUUAUAUUUUAAACUCCAAAAUUCCUGCUCCCAUGCUUCAAGAACUUUGUCAGGCUGUUAAACAGUAUGAUAUCAAAGAAUUGCAGAGGUAUCUGAGGACAUUUUUUCACCGACGGUUCAUUACAGAUAACAUCGUUCCAUAA